GGAGGGAAACGCACGUCUUUUGACUCGGGAAGAAAGUUUAUCCUUGGUGUUAUUUUUCUUUAAAUAACUUUGCUACGCCGAUUGUCACAGUCAUGUGGCGUAACAGACGGUCGUAGUCAGCUCACCUGUAGUCACUGGUUCCCUCACAUCAGGAGUUCAAAAUGGUUGUUGAUUUAUAUACAUGGUAUCAUCAGGUGAAGAAGAAAGACCUGGGAGAUGCAAAAGAGAAUUGGCUGCAGCACCUUCAAGAACAAGCCUUAUUAAAGAAGAGAGCACAGAAGGAACAAAAAGGUCAUGGUGGGUCACCUGGAAUGCCCGCAGGCGAUUACUUUGAAUCAGGUCUUCGGGAGGGAUCCUCAGGGAGAGCUUCAACAAGGAACAGCAAGUGCUCAACCCCACGCACUCCAGAAAAGCUGAUAAAGUCACCCUUUUCCGCGUUGCUUGAUUCAAGUUUCAUCACUCCUACACUUGUGCUGUCACACUCAAAGGAUGAUGGAACACCAGAGACCUCUCGUGUAUCUCCGCCCUUCAACCCGUACGCAUUGGGACUUGAUUUAUUCUCUCCUCUUGUCAGCAAAACCAAUACAUCUGUGAAAUUAGCUGCGAGUUUGGGUGCCAACCUUGACGACUCUCUAUCAUCGUGGACAAGCGCAUUGGCCACGCCUCUCACCACAGAUGCCAGCGGACAGACUCCCACUACACUGGAGCGCCUCACCUUACACCCCAAGCAAGGACUUAGGCAAAAGGUAAUGGUACGCAGCCUUUUUAGCCCCCGGACUCCAGGCACCAGCACUCACACAGAUGGAAGCCCCAACUUGGGGAUUAUAAAGUGUUAUUCUCCCAUCCCUACCUUCAACAACAGGGCUGUUCUUAACCAGCAGAAACAAAUGCCUGAAAACAAUUUUUUCCCCUUAGUUGAUGACACUCAGAGCUUCAGAGUUUAUGAUAAAGGGAACAACAGUGAAGAGGGAAAGCAAAUGCAGAUUGAUGGCACAAAUCAACUAAAAGGGUCAGUGUUAGCUCAAAACACCAUUAAUUCUGAUAAAGACAGUGGGCUCGAACAAAAGACUAAAGGACCUGGUCAGAUUUUGCAUCAUGGAACAGAUUUUUCACUUCCCUCUUCCCCUGAGGAAUCGUUAGAAUGUCAUAAGCUUGGGAAUAAUCUGAAACCAGGCAAAGGCACUCAGCUUUGCAAGAAUCCAUCCAUCAUUUCUAUAAGUCCUACCAGUGCAGAGGUGAGGAAAGUGAGGGAGUCAGGGCAAAAUUUGCAAAGGAACCACAUUGGUACUUCUAAUUCAGGUGAGGGAAGCAUAAUGCAAGACAGAUUUCAGGGAUGCAGUGAGGAAAAUCAGAGUAAAAGUCCCUUUGACCUGAUCUGUUCCCCUAUAAAAGGGAGAAGUACUGGAGAGAAUAACAUGCAUGAUGCUAGGGAGCUGGAAAGUCUAACAGAGGAUCGAGAAUCCUUGUGUAAUAAAAGAAUUGAAGAGGAAUCAUAUGUAGAACAAAUGAACUAUGAAUGUACAGUUUAUGAAAAGGAAACUUUAUCAGUAGCAUGUGAAACUACCAUGCCAGAGAAAAAUAUUUGUGAUCAUUCAACUUUAGUAGAAGAGAAGACUAGUCCAAUGACAAAAGAGCCUCCUAAAACUCUCUCAGUGCCAUUAUUCAAAAAGGAAAACAAAGUGAUGAAGGAACUAUAUAAAAAAGAUGAAGGACCAGUAAUAGAAGGUUACACUUCCACCCCAGAUUCAAAGGCUGUCCUGAAAAAGCUCUCUAUCCACAAGAAUAAGAGGCAUUCUGGCAAGUUUUUGUACCCAAGAAAGUCAGAAGCAGGGUAUGAGAAACUCAAUAUGAAGUAUCAAGAGUGUCUGGAUGAUGCCCAGAGUACAGUUGUAGAGACAGAUAUGGCUGACAUUACAACAGAGCAUGUGCCACAGGAAUCUAGGGUAGCAAAAAUACCAAAGGACAUCCAUGACAUAGCAAACAGACAGCAGAACUUUGUAUCCCUUGCCACGCUUGAGAAGGAUGACCGUCUGGGAAUAGAGAAAGCCCUGAAAACCAGUGAGACAAAAUGCAGAGCUCAGAUGGAAAAAGGAAGCCAGGAAGAGCCAGUGAAACAAGAUUCAGAAAAAGCAAAGAUAGUCUCAGGGAAGCUUCCUGAAGAAACUGCAAUUUCCCCUUCAAGGGAGGAGGGAAAGGCAAUAGAUUUUGCGAAGGUGAAUAGAACGAGUAAGGAUGAAAGAUCUGAAGCCACUCAGCCAAAAUCAGAUGACCUUCAAACCGACAUAGGAUUACAGGUGGUACCACAGAGGAUUUGA